AUGGCUCUCUUCCUCUACGGCCUCGCGCUGCUUGUGAUCGUCGCGGGCUCUAUUUUAUAUUGGACCCGCCAGCGCUGGAUCUCGCCCCUCGUCGCGACCGUCCAGUCGGCGACCGACCGCAUCUCCGACCGCCUCUCCUCCAUCCGAUCGCCGUUCUCCUACACCCGGCUUCCCUCGACGUUUGCGGGCGACGCCGAAGCAGGCCUGUCCAGCAGCACAUUUGACCUGGCCGGCAAUAUCGAGGGCAACGACGGCCGUGCCGGUCUCGACGAUGCUAGCAAGGCGGCGAUCCUCAAGAUUAUGAAGAAGCGCCGGUUGCCGUUUGACGAGGCACGCCGCGUGUACAUGGAGCAGCGGUUCAAGGACAACGGCAUCGGCGCCGAUGGCCUGCCGCGGGACCCCAAGUUUGUGAGCUUCUCGUAA